GAGCCUGGUGGUGGGUCUGGUCUUGUACAUUUCCAGCAUCAAUGAUGAAGUGAUGAAUCGACCCAGGGAGGCCGAGCAGUUCUUCCACUACCGCUACGGCUGGUCCUUCGCCCUCGCCGCCUCCUCCUUCCUGCUCAAAGAGGCCGUCCACUGAGGAGGACCGCCAGCAAAGUGAGGAGAGACCAGAGAGGAGAGCAGAGGGUAAGCACGGUGGAUGGAGGAGGCGACCAGGACUUGACCAGAAGCAGACGAUGGAGACAAAAAGCAGGAACGUGCCUUCAGAGCUCAGCUUCCUGCCCCGCCCGGCGCUGGUUUGGUGCGAGCGAGGCAUUCAGGUGCUGCUGACCACCAUGGGAGCCUUCGCUGCCUUUGCCCUGAUGACGGUGGCCAUCGGCACCGACUACUGGCUGUACGCUCGCGCCUUCAUCUGCAACAGCACGGCCAACUCAUCUUCAGUGCAGGACGACAGCACCAGCAACAAGGACAAGAAGGACCCGGGGGCCCUCACGCACUCUGGCCUGUGGAGGAUCUGCUGCCUGGAGGGCUUGAAGAGAGGUGUGUGUUCCCAGAUCAAUCAUUUCCCAGAGGACGCAGACUACGACCAAGACGCUGCCGAGUAUCUGCUGCGUGUGGUGCGGGCGUCCAGCAUCUUCCCCAUUCUGAGCGCCGUGCUGCUGCUGCUGGGUGGCGUGUGCGUGGCUUCCAGCAGCUUCUACAAGAGCAAGAGGAACGUCAUCCUGGGAGGCGGGAUUCUUUUUGUGGCCGCCGGCCUCAGCAACAUCAUCGGUGUGAUCGUGUACAUCUCGGCGGCGCUCAGCGACAUUUCUCCCAAGAAGGACGAGGACAAGAAGUGGCACUACUCGUACGGGUGGUCCUUCUACUUCGGCGGCCUGUCGUUCAUCCUGGCGGAGAUGGUGGGCGUGCUGGCAGUCAACAUCUACAUCGAGAAGAACAAAGAGCUGCGCUGCCGCUCUCGCGCCGACCUCUUUAAGAGCACCACGCACGCCAUGUUGCGUCUGCCCAGCUACCGCUUCAGGCGGCGCUCACGCUCCAGCUCGCGCUCCACCGACCCGCCCCACUCGCAGGAGAACUCCCCCGUCGGCGCCUCCAAAACCUUCAGCCUGCCGCCGUCCGCUCCCCCGUUCUCUGUAGCCACUCUGCCUAACCCCCAUCACGGCGGCGGCGGCGGCGGCGACAUCUCCAUGUACACUCUGUCCAGAGACUCCAAGCUCGGCAGCCUGGGGGGUGGUGCCCCGCCGCUCUAUGGCACCGUGGACCGCGCCACGCUCUACCAGCUCCACAACUAUUUCCCCAAGGAUGCCACUGGGGGGGGCAGCGGCGGAGGGGCCCCCAUCAGCAGCGGCACGCUCCCCUCUCAUUCCAAGUCCAACCUGGCGGCCGCCGCCCAAAACGCGGCCCCGCUGAAUAGCUCCUCGUCGGCUGCCCCUGCGACCCCCCAGGCUCCCAUGUCCACCGCCACCGUGGAGAGGGACAGGGGCAACGUGGGAACCCUGGACCGGCUGACAGCCAAGCGGGAACGGGACAGCAACUCGGACACGCUCAACAGGAAAACCACACCCGUUUAAGAGCUCACGUCCAAAUAUGGGCUGACAGGAAGAGAAAGGAGGGCUAAGUUGGUGACCAUUCUGUCCUCGUGUUUGGACAUCCAGCAGCCAUAAGGACUUUAGGACACCCCCCAUCAUGGAUCAGGGUUCAUGAGAAUAUCACCCCGAGCUGUUCCUCAAUCUUCAUCUUGACAGGACAUUUUAGAAAAGCUUCCAACUUUGUGGGAACGCUUUGGGGAAGGCACGAGCAACCUCCCCAAAAGCCAUUUUUGGAUGUGUUUGGCGACCUCUGACCCCACCAAUGGAAACACGCCAACACUUGGUAGUAAGUCUUCCCACCCAGAAGACCAGCUGUCCCAAUACUUUUGACCAUCCGGUGCGCGCGCGUGAGAGACAUCUGCCUUAAAACCACCCCAGACCUUCUCAGCGGGACCACCAAGAGUCCAGAGACUAGCGCUUAAAUAUUCCUAGUAAAUGAGGUAAUAGUAAUAGUAAUAGUAAUAGUAAUUAUCCAGUGAAAUAUGAAUAUAUAUGGGUAAUUGAAUAUCCAUAUGAUUUGCUCAUAUUUAUUCUUUAAAUAUGAAUAUUUGUCCAUUUCAAUAGGAACGUAUGUUAGCACAAUUCUAUUUAAAUGUUGAUCAUUUGAAAUGAUAUCUUCAUACGUACUAGUUUAAAUAUGAAUAUAUGUGCAUAUUUAUUCAUUUUAGUCUUUGAAAUAUGAUGAGAUAUUCUUUGAAGUGGUCCAUAUUGAUUGGAGCGUUCAUAUACUGUAUGUGAGCACAUAUUAUUUGAAUAUGAACAUAUGUUAAAUAUGAAUCUGUGAUGUUACUAUCUCGUCAUUGAAAUAUGAAUAUUAUGGUCAUAUUUUCCUGUGAAUAUUCUAUUCAUUCUCAGGUUGUGAUGGAUUCAGUGCCCUGAGAGCACAUGUACGUAUAUGUUCAUAUUUCUAUCAUAUCGACUCAUUGAAAUACUGCAGUAAUAUGUUCAUCUUUACUGGUUGAAAAGGGCAUGUGUACUCAUUUGAAUAGUAGUAUUCUGCUUAUAUUCAUUUCUGUAGUAGUAUUGUUGCCCGACUGGCCAACAAAGACAAGUGGUCAUGUGACAUGUCCCCCGAAAGCAGAGACGGCCAGCCUGAGGUCAAAGGAGACAACACACCACUGCCAGGUGACCUCCUUCAAGCCUGUGAAAUAUUUUCCAAGUCACUCCAAGCCCGGUCCUCUUUUGUUGUUUUCUCUCUCAGGAAGACGAGGAGUCACGUGGUUCCUUCUCAAAGACCACAAACCUUCUUCACCGUCACGUCUUUCUGUUCGGCAACAAAAGUGAUCUUUGUUAGACGUGGCGACGACUUUGUGUCCCGCGGCUGGUGUCAGACGCCAAGAAGGAGACGUCCGAGAUGUGACGGACGACCAUGUUUGGAUUUGGACAUUUUGGGUACAAGCUGUCGCCAAUCACGAGGGGCGCUGGGACGGGUGGUCAUGGACGUAUGUACAGUACGUAGACACCGUAUCAAGCGCUGAGCCUUACGUCAACGUCGCUGUUUCCCACGUAUCCCACGUAAGUUAGUGCGUGUGUGAAUGUCCACUUAAACGUCUUUGUAGAAAGGUGCAGUCUGACAGGAAGUACGCUGACUUGUGUUCAUCUCCAGCGUGGCAUUGACACAUUCAAUAUGGCGGCGACGUUGGCGUAUCGCCCACUCGCUGGGGCGUCUAUGUCUGUCCACGCAGACGAGUUGACUUCUUCUCUCGCUCCGCUGCAGCGUUUGAGAACUCGCUCGCCACCCCCCCCUCCCCACGGAACAAAAAAACUGCGCUGAUGCUCGCUGGCUAGCUAAAAUUGUACGUUUCAUGAUUGCACUGCGCGACCUUCAGCGUUUGAGCCUCAAAAAGGAAAGCAAACUGUAGACCAGGGGUCACCAAGGUUUGUCCUUGUGAGAGCUACUUUUACAAAAUGAAAAUGGCCAAGAGCUACUCAUUUUUGUAACAUUUAUUUUCAGAGCUUAUUUUAAAGCCAAACAAAGCGAAUAUGCUUGUUUUACCAGAACAUGAACAAAAUGCUGGUGUCCACAACUCACAUGUUGUAUUUCACAAUGCUUUUCUUUCUACUGCUCUUUCAUUAUUAACUGAACACCUGAAUGAAAAGCAGGCUUGCGGGCACCUCAUGUGGUCGUGGGGGCUACCUGGUGCCCGAUGGCACCACGUUGGUGACCCCUGCUGUAGAUGAAACUUGUCAAGCACAGAAGGAGAGCCUUCACUUCGCCGAUGUGGAAUAAAAGACGUACUGUAGGUGUAUUCUUCCCAAGAAGCAAACAUCACUUUCUUUCAUUCUUGGGGACUUUCUGCUGUUUUUAUUGAUCUUCGUUGCUCUGCUUCUGCUCUCAGUGGACGUGACGUGCGUACAAAGUGUCACCAGUCUCCUUCCUUCGUUUCUUUCAGGUUUUUUAUACACGCCACUUCAACGUUCACCUCCAGGUCAAUGAUAUUCUUCUUUUCUUUAUUUUCUGCUUUUAACCCGUUCCUUUCUAUACCGAGUGUAGUGUUUCAUGUUCUGGCAUCGUAUACUAAUGAGUGUAGAUAGCAGAAUUGAUAUUUCUUUCUUUCUCGGUGGUACGUACAGGUAUAUAUUCUUCAAGUGUGUCGUCAGUGCUGGGAAAUGGAGCUGUACGUGAUGAUAAAAACAUCUGAAAGCAAACACAUGCUCCUUUUCCCAACACCCCUUGAAUGCAUCGCAUACACGUCAAGUCGGGACCAUGAAGGGAAGCAAUACAACACAGUGGUCAGAAUAUGAAGAACAUAAACACACGCACAUAGGGAAACAUAUACAGUAGAUAUAUCCAAUAAAGCUAUUUUUAAAAAUCACUCGUGUCUUGUGGAUUAUUGAUGGGGAACAUGCGAUCACACUCCAGGCCUGCAAGGGGCCUGCUAGCUGCGAUACCACUGACUUCAUUUCCGAUCCGAUGCAGAGUCAAAUUCCGGCUGGUAUCGGGGAUACCGAUCCAACACCGAUACUUUGCAAAUUGUGCCCGGUAAGAGGCCAAAAUCAUACCAAAUAUGUGAAAAUGGUAUUUGAAACAGUCAGCUGGGAUAGGCUCCAGCAUACCCCCGCAACCCUAAUGAGGAGAAGCGGUAUAGAAAAUUGAUGCAUGGAUGGUAUUUGAAACAAUAAAAAAUAAUAAGUAAAAUAAUAAACCCAUUGA